CCGAUCUAUCUCUCCCCUUCUCACAUCCUCGCCGGCUCACGCAGGUGAUGGUCGCCGCCCAACCAAGCUUCCAUCUUCCCCACUCCGGCUAGAUAUUGCGCCCCUAAAAUUGUCGUUGCCCAAGCCCAUGCGACCCCAGGCACUGCUGCCUGCGAUGGCGGACGGGAGACCGACGAUGUCCGUGAGUACCAUGGGAGCGGCCGACUCAGCGCAUCCCCACCUAUGGUGCUUCAAUAGGCAGGGCAACCCGCUACAAUCGAUGGGGAUUUUUGCUACCACCGGCAUCGAGGCAUUCUGGAACCAGAGUCUCAGCCUCGCCAUGGCAGACGUAGCUGCGUGCUGGAACCAUGCCAUGUUUCUGCUUCAACCGGCAAAGGGAGAAGCCACAACUGGCACCACAGGGAGCUGGAACCAGCUGCGAAGGCAUGCCACCAUUUGCUGGAACCGACAUAGCGAGGAGCUACAACCAGCAAUUCGCGGUGCUACGACCAAUAGCGGCGGCGAGAAGAAAGGUGAAUUCUUCGAGGAUGGAAGAGAACCAAAUUGUGAAGCAACUGCGAACGAAUUGAAGAUGUUGCAAUACAAUGCACAAGCUUGCGAUAUCCUCUUCAAUGGAUUGUGCCCCGAAGAAUUUAACAAACUUAGCCGUCUUGAGAAUGCAAAGGAAAUUUGGGAAUCCUUUGGAUAAUGUGCACGAAGGUACCAAGUCUAUCAAGGAAUCCAAAUUGGAUGUGCUUCAAAGUCAACUUGACAAGUUCAAAAUGAAGGAUGGUGAAGGAGUCGCUGA